AUGCCUCCUCACGACACGCUUUCCUGGCCACCACGCGCAACAGUAACAGUGCCUAUACUUGCCAUUAUCCUUGGUGUCGUCUAUGCUGCGUGGUCGAUUAUCUACAACCUCUAUUUCAGCCCACUGUCCAGAAUCCCCGGUCCGAAACUAUGGGCCGUCUCGAAGAUUCCCAACUCGCUCAUGCGGGCCUCGGGCCACUCCGUCCAAAAGGUCCUUGACCUCCACAAGAAGUACGGCAGUAUAGUCCGUCUCGCACCGGACGAAGUCUCUUUCGUCGACCCCGGGGCCUGGAACGACACAAUGGGGCAUCGAAAGAGCGGGCAGCAGGAAAACGGCAAACACCCCGUCUUUUACGGGCUCAGCGGGGACGCCGUCAUCGGCGCCGAUCGCGAGAAGCACGGCCGCCUUCGCCGCCUGCUUUCCCACGGCUUCUCCGCCCAGAGCAUGAUCGACCAGCAGCCGCUCAUCCGCCAAUACGUCGACAAGCUGAUCCAGCGGCUCCACGAGAAGUGCGGCGCGGGAGCUACGCCCGUCGACAUGGAAGCGUGGUACAACUACACGACCUUUGACAUCAUCGGCGACCUGACCUUUGGCGAGCCGUUCGGAUGUCUCAACAACUCGGGCUAUCACCCGUGGGUGGCUCUCAUCGCCAGUACCAUGAAGCACUCCGCGAACCUCUAUGCUUUGCGCCGCGUCUUUCCCCGGCUCGAGAGCCUGGUCAGUCGCAUGUUGACCAUGACGAUGAGCGGCUCACUUGCGCAACACAUGGAAGUUACCCGGACCAAGAUGCAAAAGCGGUUGGACCUUGGAAUGUACAGGCCUGACUUUACCGAGGCCAUGAUUCGGAGGCAGGGUACAGAGAAACUCACCUUCAGCGAACUACAAGACAACGCCAGUCUCCUGAUGAUUGCCGGUUCCGAAACCACGGCUACCGUCCUGACCGGCGUGACGUACUACCUUUUGAAGAAUCCCGAGAUCCUCGCGAAGCUGACUGAGGAGGUCAGCACGUCGUACACGUCGGAGGACGAGAUCGACCUCGUGAGCGUGCAGAAACUGACGUACAUGCUCGCGGUGCUCAACGAGACGCUGCGCAUCUACCCGCCGAUCCCGACCGCGCAACCUCGCGUGGUCCCGUCGGGAGGAAGUGUAGUCUGCGAGAAGUUCUUGCCUGCCGGAACGACGGUGGGCCUCUGGUUUUGGCCCAUACACCAUUACCCCGGCAACUUCAGCAUGCCCGACGACUUCAUCCCCGAACGCUGGAUGGGCGACGAGCGGUUCGUUGACGAUAGGACGGACGCGUUCCAGCCGUUCUCCUUUGGUUCGCGGAACUGCAUUGGCAGAAAUCUCGCAUACGCCGAAAUGCGCAUGAUUCUGGCUAGGAUCGUGUGGAAUUUCGAUCUCCGGCCCACUAACGAGAGCCUGACCUGGAUGGAGAGGAACGAGGCAUUCAACCUGUGGGAGAAGCCGGCGCUGAACGUGCACUUGACACCGAGAAAGAGGGAGGAAUAG